AUGAAGAAACAAAGCACGAGAACCAAAACAAGCUACGCCAAACUAAAACAUUCCUUAAAAAUUAUUCAUCAUCGGUCCCUUGAAGACCAUCCAGCAACCAGUACUGCAAAUUUCUCUCUGCGAAAAGCACAAAUCAUUCAUAUCAUUGAGAUCCUUCGGAUGGUUAUGCGUCGUCGUGCGGACGAUAAAAAAAUUCAAAAGGAUAAUCGGAAAAGAAUCGCAUUGAUGGUAAAUUCGCUUGUGGAGGUCCAGAAAAAGUACCGUAAAUGGCGCAAAACCGAACAACUGAUGCAACGUACCGUAGAAAUCAGCGAGGAGAUUAACACAACGAUUGAUGAUAAUUGGGACAAGCUUGUCUGCGAAUUUUACGAAUUCGGUCAACAGAAUAUGCAGCGACUUGGGAAAGCACUUGAUUUGCUUGAGAAAAGAAUUGUUGUUGAUCUUGUAGGGAUAAUUGAGUAA